CGUUCCGACAUACAGGACAUUUUACGUUUAAUCGUUUCCAUUGACCAAACAUUUAAAACUUGACACUAAAAUUACACCAAAAUAAAAACGUGUGCUCUUAAUUACGACAUAAAAAUUACGGAAGACGAGAAGAAUUUAGUGGUCGAAAUCAGUUAUGCUAAAAGUUGUUAGCAUCGACGUCAUCAUUGCGCGCCAGACACCGGAAAUAAAACCUAUUUGUUUUUGUAGGCUUUAAAUUAGCUUAACUGUGUCUUCAACAGCUAAUAAACUUUUAUUUAUUCCAAUAUUCCCUCAUGGAGGACAUGUACGUUAAACCAGGCAACCAGGAACGAGGAUGGAACGACCCACCGCAGAUGUCUUACGGCCUGCAGAUGGCCCGGGGACCGCAGAAGAACCUUCUGAACAAAAGAGCAGCGCUGCCUGGUGUGGCGCCACCCCCCAAGACUCCUCAAGGCAGUCCUCCAAGUGCACCCCCCUCUUGUGGUGUAGCCCCGCCUCCUACAGCCGGCCUCGCUGGCUGGAUGGCCACGCCUCCUGCUGCUGCAAGGCCAACGAAGAUUCAGGGUGACAACGACGGCGGCCAAUCAGAGGGUGAGCCCGAAAUGGAGGGCGUGGUCGAGGUGCUCCAGCAAGCACUGGCUGCGUGUAGACGUGAAGUCACACCUCAGGUGUGCAGUGACGUGGAAAAGAGACUCCACCUCUUUCAGGACAGUUGGACUCGACUGAGUCUCCCUGUGAGGAGACGCAUGAAGACUUUGUCUCUAGUUUUGUCCGUGUGUCCAGAGCUGCGGGCUGGCAGGUGGGACCGAGCCGAUGAGCUCCACCGCUCCCUGAUGGUGGAUCAUGUGACCGAGGUGAGCCAAUGGAUGGUCGGUGUGAAGCGACUCAUCGCCGAGACAAGAAAACUUAGUCCGGAAGCUUUAGAAGUGCUUAAGGACUCUGAAGGACCAACACUGGACUCUUCACAGAAUGACGUGUUGCACUUGUGAUGUCGUCGCACACUCCCGUGUUUUAAACCAAAGCAGCUAGGGCUGGUCGCCAUGGCAGCAGGAGGUCAAAGGUCGCUUUUGUCUGUGUGCUGUUCAAAGUUGUUCAUCACUAAAAGGACAUCUGACCAAAAUGAAAACGCUUCUCAAA